AUGAAUUAUUCUGGGCCUGUUUGGAAUCAUAAGAAGUUACAUGAUCCAAAUGUCCUAUAUCUCCUUAAAGAAUUACCAACAAUGGGAAUUAUUUUCUCGUUUCACAAUGGAAUUUUACCUGUACAUUAUUCUUCUGCUUCUGAUUUUGCUUGUGCAUGUGCCUCUGAUUUAGUUUCUAUUGCGGAUUAUCAGUGUUCUCAAAUGAGUGUAGACAUGUGUGCUCGUGUGCUCGUGUCAUACUCUGACUCUGCUAACUUUGCUCUGUCCUGCCCUGCUUUGCCCUGCUUUGCUCUGUUUUGCCCUACCUUGCCCUACUUUGGUCUGCUGUACUCUGCUUUGUCCUGCUAUGGUCUGCUUUCUCUUUGA